GGGAAGAAGGGAGGGGAGAGCCGUGGUGGCGGCGGCUGCGCCGGGCUGUGUGUCUCUCGCCGCCGGAGGAAGAUGAGGCUGAAGAUCGGGUUCAUCUUACGCAGUUUGCUGGUGGUGGGAAGCUUCCUGGGGCUCCUGGUGCUCUGGUCUUCCCUGUCCUCGCGGCCCGACGACCCGAGCCCGCUGAGCAGGAUGAGGGAAGACAGAGAUGUCAAUAACCCCAUGCCUAACCGAGGAGGCAAUGGAUUAGCUCCUGGGGAUGACAGAUUCAAACCUGUGGUACCAUGGCCUCAUGUUGAAGGAGUAGAAGUGGACUUAGAGUCUAUUAGAAGAAAAAACAAGGCCAAAAAUGAACAGGAGCGUCAUGCUGGAGGAGAUUCCCAAAAAGACAUAAUACAGAGGCAGUUCCUCACGUUUAAGCCUCAGACAUUCACCUACCACGAUCCUGUGCUACGCCCAGGGGUCCUCGGUAACUUUGAGCCCAAAGAACCCGAGCCUCACGGAGUGGUUGGUGGCCCUGGAGAGAAAGCCAAGCCAUUGGUUCUGGGACCAGAAUACAAGCAAGCAGUUCAAGCGAGCAUUAAGGAGUUUGGAUUUAACAUGGUGGCAAGUGACAUGAUCUCACUGGACCGCAGCGUCAAUGACUUACGCCAAGAAGAAUGCAAGUAUUGGCAUUAUGAUGAAAACCUGCUCACUGCGAGUGUUGUCAUUGUCUUCCAUAAUGAAGGAUGGUCGACCCUCAUGAGAACAGUACACAGUGUGAUCAAAAGGACACCGAGGAAGUAUUUAGCAGAAAUUGUCUUAAUUGAUGAUUUCAGCAAUAAAGAACAUUUAAAAGAAAGACUGGAUGACUACAUAAAACUGUGGAACGGCCUCGUGAAGGUGUUUCGAAAUGAGAGAAGAGAAGGGUUAAUUCAGGCUCGGAGCAUUGGCGCACAGAAGGCUAAACUCGGACAGGUUUUGAUAUACCUUGAUGCCCACUGUGAGGUGGCAGUUAACUGGUAUGCUCCACUUGUAGCUCCCAUAUCUAAGGACAGAACCAUUUGCACUGUGCCGAUUAUAGAUGUCAUAAACGGCAACACAUAUGAAAUUGUACCCCAAGGGGGUGGUGAUGAAGAUGGGUAUGCCCGAGGAGCAUGGGAUUGGAGUAUGCUCUGGAAACGGGUGCCUCUGACCUCUCGCGAGAAGAGACUGAGAAAGACAAAAACUGAGCCGUAUCGGUCUCCAGCCAUGGCUGGUGGAUUAUUUGCCAUUGAAAGAGAGUUCUUCUUCGAACUAGGUCUCUAUGACCCUGGUCUCCAGAUUUGGGGUGGUGAAAACUUUGAAAUCUCCUACAAGAUCUGGCAGUGCGGAGGUAAAUUAUUAUUUGUCCCUUGUUCCCGGGUUGGACACAUCUACCGUCUUGAGGGCUGGCAAGGAAAUCCUCCACCCCUUUAUGUUGGGUCUUCUCCGACUCUUAAGAAUUAUGUUAGAGUUGUAGAAGUUUGGUGGGACGAAUAUAAAGACUACUUUUAUGCCAGCCGUCCUGAGUCAAAGGCACUGCCCUAUGGGGAUAUAUCCGAACUGAAGAAAUUUCGAGAAGACCACAACUGCAAAAGUUUCAAAUGGUUUAUGGAAGAAAUCGCUUAUGACAUCACUGCCCACUACCCUUUGCCACCCAGAAAUGUUGAGUGGGGAGAGAUCCGAGGCUUGGAGACUGCAUACUGCAUUGAUAGCAUGGGGAAAACAAAUGGAGGCUUCGUUGAACUAGGACCCUGCCACAGGAUGGGCGGGAACCAGCUUUUCCGAAUCAACGAAGCAAAUCAGCUCAUGCAGUACGACCAGUGUUUGACAAAAGGGCCCGACGGAUCUAAGGUCAUGAUCACACACUGCAACCUAAAUGAGUUUAAGGAAUGGCAGUACUUCAAGAACCUGCACAGGUUUACUCACAUUCCUUCAGGAAAGUGCUUAGAUCGAUCAGAGGUCCUGCAUCAAGUCUUCAUCUCCAGCUGUGACUCCAGUAAAACGACUCAGAAGUGGGAAAUGAAUAACAUUCACAGUAUUUAAAAACGGAGAAAAGAAGCCAACAAUCUACCUACUGACAAGUACGUUUAGAGAGGACUGAAACCCGCCUGGAACCUGCUGCAACCAUUAUUAUUAAUUCUGUACAGCUCCAAACCUGGAACCUCUGAUCAGCUCGAAGGACGUUGAUAAACUGUGAUUUUUACAAUAACAUUAUCAUCUGCAGUUACUGUUUACAAAACUGCUUUUACCUUAAACUCUGUAGAUGUUUACAUCGUUUUUCUUUUGUUUUAAGAUGACGUUGGUAAUCUGUGCCUUUAACUCGGCUUUCAGAACAGAGUUAAAGCAUAUGUUGUCUUCUUUGGGAAUACACUCAGGGGUCUGAAAGGCAGUUUGGUUUUUGUUGUUGUUGUUGUUGUUUGUUUUAACACACUUGAAAAAAA